CCUGUAGGUAUAAAUGAUCAUGCAUUCAUCGAUACCCAUCACCCAACUGGAACACCUUCCAUCAUAUACCACCAUCACCCCAAGCUGUAAUAUCUGACACAAUGGUUAAAUUGUACGGUUUCUCCGGUUCGACAUGCACGCGCCUUGUCGCUCUCAUCUGCAAGGAGAAGGAUAUCCCAUAUGAAUUGACCAGUGUCAACUUGGCCAAAGGCGAACAGAAGAACCCGUCUUUCGUGGCGGUUCAGCCAUUCGGACAGGUUCCAUACAUCGAUGAUGACGGGUUCAUUCUAUACGAGUCCCGCGCGAUCGCAAGAUACCUCAUCAAGAAAUACCCUAACCAGGGCAGUCCCUUGAUUCCCAGCGACCCCAAGGCUGAGGCCUUGUUUGAACAAGCAGCUUCCAUCGAAACGUUCAACUUCACCGCCUUUGUGUCAGGAAUUGUCGCUGAAAAAGUGUUCAAGCCGCGCCGUGGUUUGCAACCAAAUGAGGAGCGUGUCCAGGAGCUGUUGGCCAGUCUCAAGCCCAAGUUGGAUGCGUAUGACUUGAUCCUUAGCAAACAGAAGUACCUUGCUGGUGACUCUGUCACGCUCGCCGAUUUGGCGCAUCUUGCCAUAUGGCACUGCGUGUUUGACAGCAGGCCUAACCUUUCCAGGUGGUGGAAGGACAUCUCUAGCAGGCCUGCUUGGCUCGCCGUGAAGGAUGGUGCGUGAGGUCUUGUUCAAUAGGUCAAGGAAACGUCUGGAAAGCAGUGCAGUGUCGUUGUACUAUGUAAUACCAAUAGAACUCCAGUUUGAUUUGUUCGUCGCAAGCAAAACGAUAACUAUGCUACUUGUGUUGU